GUACGGUAGCGCUUCUCAACCACCGCACCCUUGGCUUCCCACUCCGGCAAAGGAAGAGGACCGCCUUGAAGACGCUCAAGAACCGUAUUCCAGGAUCUGCGAGCGAAACAGAGUAACCAGGAAACUGCGACUCCGAGAAAGCGCCGUUCGCGACUCGCACAAGGAUCUCUCCUUUCACCGCGGCUGCGAUAAACGGCCGGGAUCCGCGACCAGUGUUCGCCUCAGCCAAGCCUCGGCCGUCACGCUCACUGCUUGCCCCGAACUGUGGCUCUCGCUGCUCCUCGCAUCUGCUGCGACAGCUCUUCCGCGAAAGAGGCUGCCUCCGAGAAACGCGGGGCGCGCGCUUGUCACGUAUUUUGUGUCUUCUCGGCGAGGAACCGAUCGCUGGGCGGCCCGUUAUAGUCGCGCCGGCCGGCCGAAAGGGAAGGCCGCAACAGGUUUCUCGCCCCCCCUUCCCCCGCUGCCCGCGCGGCCGUCGCGCGUGUGGCCGGCCGCAGAACGGACUGCGCGCGCUGGCCAUUCGAGCCGCUGCGCUGGCCGCCUGGUCAGCCCACGCUUGAGGAUACGCCGCUCUCGACGUCCACUGCCUCACGAUCCCCAAUCCUGCCAUACAGGGAGGUACCAGUCGCCCCUCCAGGCCUACGAAGCAGUCCUCCGGCAGGAAUGCGCUGAGAGCGCCGUCUUCGGCGUCCUACACACUCCAAGAUGCCAGCGCAAGGCCACCUACCACGGGCGUGCCACGGUCACCUACCAGGAACGGGAGGACCUGACAGUUCGUCGAGACGACCACAGCUCCGCGGAUUCUCUGGAGCAGCGCAGCCUUUCGGCGGCAACGUACAGCGCCCUCCAGGAAUACCGUCGGCCUAGGCUGUCGGCCGUUGACUACAGGAGUCGCAGCUUUGCGGACCACAACGUUGGGCAGCAUCACACUGGACAGAACUACACGUGCUGCUUUCGAGAGCACGCUUCGUGCUGCGACCGGCCUCCGCCACUCUGGAGGAUUGGCCAGCCGAGAGCGCUUGAAGACGAAGACUGUGGACUUGAGCCUGCACCCGUCACUCAUUGCGUUAACCCAAACGUGCAUGUGUCGCGGCAGGUACUAAGCGACAACUUCCAGGACUUCUGCCAGACGAUGCUGGCAUCCGAACGGCAGGUGCCCGAGCAGCAGCAGCCGCGAGUUCCAGCGGCCGUCGUCCAGUCGCCGCCACCCAAGCCUCAGCAAGUGGCCUUCCGGCUGGGAAGCAAGGACUCACCCCGGAGGAGGUCACUUUCCAGUUUGAGCAGGACUUCCAUCGUGCAAGAGGUGCUGAAGAAGAUGUCUAGUCAAGCGGCCACGAUGCCACCUGCAGCUCCGAUGAUGGCUCCAGCGAUGAACGACCUGUCCAACGCAGACGAUAAGGAAACAGGCCUCGACCAGGACGCCCUGCAAGUCAUCCAGCAGUUGGAUUUGUCCAUCGCAGGCGACGAAGAGGUCUUCGUGGACGGCCCUCCGCCGCCUGUGUUUCCAAGGCCAGCAACCGACUCUCGGCAUGUGCCGCCCUCCGGAGCUGUUCCCAACGGAACGUGCCAGCACGCAGUGGACUCUGAAGUGCAGAAUGACAAUCUCAUUGAGGAAGUCUGCUUUCCAGGCUCGAACAAAAAGUCUUAUACGGCCUUCGGCACGGCGCAGCAGACAGCGCCGCCUGGAGAGACGACCGCCCAGUCGAAUGGCUACGGAGUCACGGAAAGGCGAGACGCCCUGUUGGGCAGAAACAAUGAGCUUGAAAUGGAAAUGGGCGUUGGCGACGCCAAAUCGCCAGCAGCCACCGUGGGCAAAGCACUGUCGGACACGGGAGACAUCUGCGUUAUGCCGGUGGACGAGUGCCAGCUGGGUCGCAGCGAUACGGCGGACAGCGGGGUGGCGAGCAGGCCAGAGUCCGGCAGCUGCUCGCACUUCGUGGUGGUCGCCAUCGACUUCGGCACCACGUACAGUGGCUACGCGUUCAGCUUCACCAGGGACCCCGACAACGUCCACAUGAUGCGCAAGUGGGAAGGCGGUGACCCGGGCGUGGUGAACCAGAAGACGCCGACCACGCUGCUGCUGAACCCGGACGGCGAGUUCCACUCGUUCGGCUUCACGGCCCGUGACGUGUACCACGACCUCGACGGGCAAGAGGCCAAGCAGUGGAUGUUCUUUGAGAAGUUCAAGAUGACACUACACAGCAACGAGAACCUGAGUCGCGACACGGAAAUCCGGGCGGCCAACGGCCGUCCCAUGGCGGCGCUGACGGUGUUCGCGCACGCACUGCGCUACUUCCGGGACCAGGCGCUGAAGGAGCUGAGCGAGCAGUCGGCCACCACCAUCCUGCCGGACGACGUGCGCUGGGUGGUCACCGUGCCGGCCAUCUGGCGGCAGCCCGCCAAGCAGUUCAUGCGCGCCGCCGCAUACAAAGCGGGGAUUGGUUCCCCCGACUUCCCGGAGCAGCUGAUCAUCGCGCUGGAGCCCGAGGCGGCGUCCGUGUACUGCCGCAAGCUGCGCAUGCACCAGCUGGUGCCCGAGGCCCCCGCAAGAGUGCACCUGUUCCGAGAGGCAGCGCCCGAACUGAACACCGAGCCUGCUGUCGACGAGAAGCCAGACAUGCAUAUCCUACCUCCCUUGCGCUCGGAAGUUAUCGAGGAUUACCUUUACGGAGGCACCAAGUACAUGGUGGUGGACUGCGGCGGUGGCACGGUGGACAUCACGGUGCACGAGCUGCACGACCAGCACGGCACGCUCAAGGAGCUGCACAAGGCCACGGGGGGACCGUGCGGAUCGCUGGGCAUCGACCGCGAGUUCGAGCGCCUGCUGCGCGCCAUCUUCGGCGCCGACUUCAUGGACCAGUUCAAGCUGAAGAGGCCCGCCGCCUACGUUGACCUCAUGGUGGCCUUCGAGGCGCGCAAGCGCAAUGCCACGCCCGACAAGGACACGCCGCUCAACAUAUCGCUGCCGUUCUCCUUCAUCGACUACUACAAGAAGUGCAAGGGCACCACCGUGGAGCAGGCCAUCAAGCGCUACGGUAACAAGGAGGUGAAGUGGUCGUCACAGGGCAUGCUGCGCCUGGAGCCGGCUGCCAUGCGCGAACUGUUCCGCCCCACGCUGGCACGCAUCAAGGAGCACAUCGGUGGUGUGCUCGGGGACCCGCGCCUGGGUUCCAUCCACUACCUAUUCCUGGUGGGAGGCUUCGCGGAGUCGCAGAUGCUGCAGAAGGAGCUGCGUGAAGCCUUCGCACCUCACACGAGGGUCAUCAUUCCACAGGGCGUGAGCCUGGCCAUCCUGCGAGGCGCGGUGCUGUUUGGCCUGGACCCUAUGGUGGUCAACGUGCGCCGGUCGCGGCUGACCUACGGCGUUGGGGUGCUCAACCGCUUCGUGCAUGGCGUCCACCCGCCAUCCAAGCUGGUCGUCAAGGAUGGCAUCGAGUGGUGUGCCGAUGUGUUCGACGCCUUCGUGCUGGCCGACCAAUCCGUGGGACAGGGCGAUGCCGUGGUGCGCAGUUACACGCCCGCAAAGAGCGGCCAGACGCGCUCCAUCAUCCACGUGUACUGCAGCGAGCGCGACGACGUGCGUUUCAUCACCGAUCAAGGCGUCAUUCGCUGCGGCACACUCGUGCUCGAUCUCUCGGACACGAGGCACACACCACUGCGGCGGCGCGAGAUACAGGCACGCAUGGUCUUCGGCGAAACCGAGAUCAAGGUCAGCGCCCUGGAUGUCGCUACGCAGAUGUGCGUCCGGGCAGACAUCGACUUCCUUAACCAGUGAAAUGCACCGACCCACGCCAGCGGCAGCAUCGUGUGCACAGACUGACGGUUCACAUCUGCGAAACCAAAGCCGCUGCUUUUACUUCACCAAGAGCCACGAUGGCAAAAAAACACUUUAUUUUUGUGUUUCA